AUGGAACGAAGUCUAGAUGGUUCAUGUUUGGAUGCAGAUGCAACAGGCGAUCGUUUCAGUGCGCAGUUCAAUAGCACUGCUUUUGUAACUGUAGAAGAAUUAGACCGAUGUAGUCCGAAAGCAUGUAAAAAACCCGUUGAUGUGCAAGGAAAUCAGAUAACCUUACCGGUUUAUAUGCGGAUCAACUUAAAGCUGUCUCCAAUUCUUCAUGAUAAUGAGAGAAGAACGGUGUACGGUAGACGUAUGGUACAAUACAAAUGUCGAGGCGAAAGUCCUUUAGUCAAGAGUGUACGUAUGGAUCCGCCGCAUCCACUCAGCGAUAUUUCGGAGAUCCGUGCAGAAAAAACUGAUGAGUCUUCAUCAUCUCAUUUGACCGACCAAGCUGAAGACAGCAGCGUUUCAAAUAAGGAAAAUGAACGUCCGGGAACAUCUACUCCCGAAAGAAAUACUAGCAUGCCAUCUCAUUCGCGAUCUACCAACUCAUUUGAAAGUCAUAUUCUGGAGACUCUUCACACGAAUACCUUCAGUCCAAGCGUAUUUGCCGUACCUGAAGCUCCUACGUCUCCUGAAGAGUUUAAAUGGUCCAUUGAAGAAUUAUCGAUAUUAAAGCCAGUUCAUAUAACGCAAGAAGAGAUUGCUCAAAGUUCUUACUCACCAGAUCCUGAGACUGAAGCUAAGAUACAGUCAAUACUUGAUGAAUACUGGCGUAACAAUACAUGCCACAUUCCAUCGCCUGAUGUUCCCGUGAGGAAUCCGCUACUUGGAGGUCACGAAACUCCCUUGUGCGACGCUGUUCGCGUUCAGGCUGCGUUGCGCCUGAAAUAUUCAACAUCAUCUCCAAAAGCUCGUCCGAGUGUAACUUCUGUUUCCCGUCGUAGCAGUUUUGUUCAGCCUCAACGCAGCAGAUAUUCGCAAACAGAAGUCACCAUCGAUCCUUCUGCUGACAUUGAUUUCGCCAAGCUUCUAGGUCCGUCGUACAUUUACAAUUUUGCUGAUGAUUGUGACGAUGAGUCGGUUUUUGACGCGACCGCAUCAAGUGUGGGAUCUCUGCGAAGGCGACUGUUCAUCGGGGAGGAUGAUCACGACUCGUCCCAAAAUUGUGACGUGGAUGAAGAUCUGGUACAUGCUCCUUUUCAUUGGUCUCUGGCUUUAUGCUUAUAG